AUCUACUCGUCUGUUUAUUUAGUCACAUGUUGGUGGAAAUUUAUUCGCGUGAGUACACGGUCGCAGUACCCGGCGCAGUGCUUUUCUUAAAAUACCACCCACUGGACUGGAGAGGUUGUUCAACUGGGCUUGCAGAUUUAGCGCGGUUUGGUCGGAAAUCUGAAAUUGUGCUUAUUUGUGGCCGAAAAGUGCAUAGCGUGGCGUUAGAUGAGCAGGUGUUGAGUUGAAUGCAAGGAUAAAUUCAAAGGGAACUGUGGGGUGGUUUUGACGAGGAACGGAAAGCGAGGGACAGAGUAGAAUGUGCGAAUUUUGUGUGCGGUUUCGUGUUUGAGCUCAUAAAAUAAGGCGAUGAAUGCGUGACCCAUCCGGCUGAGAAUGUCUUCCUCCCUCGUGUUCGCCGCACUGCUGGCAGUGUUGGCGGCGACUGCAGCUCAAUCCCCAGACGAAGACUUCGGCUUCGACGUGUCGGACGAAUUCGAGGUCGAAAUAGACGGCGGCUCCCGUAAGCUGUGGAACAACAAAGAAAUCACGGCUUACGCCGGCAAAGUGUUUCAUCUGGUUAUCCCGAAGGAAGCGUUCGGGAGAGACGCCGAAAGUUAUGAGGCUAAACGUUCUGGCGGCGUGUCGCUGCCCCUAUGGCUGCUCUUCGAUAAAAUCGGGGGCGUUUUUUGGGGAGUGCCUCUCAGCGAAGACGUUGGCACUCUUCGUCUAGUCAUCAGAGCUCUCGGGAGCGAUAAAAACAUAUCAGAAGAGGUCACGAUAAACGUGCUCGAAACGUCUGAUCUCAAAACAGAGGACAAGUGUCCAAGUACUGAAGAUAAAACUGUACUUACCCUUCUCAUCGACAAGGGCGUCAGGGCAAUCAAACCGAAACAAAGAGUGAUAGCUGUCAACAACAUCGCGAAAUUCUUUGGCUUGCCUUAUAGUGCCUUUACUUUAAAAUCUCAAUUAGAAAAAGAUGAUAUUACGGAUAGUUCGGUAGUACUAGCUGGACCAGGGAAUUUGCACACGAGGUCAUCAAAACUAACGUCUCUUCUCCAAGUUCCUGUGGGCUGUGAUGGACGAUUAUGGCUGCAAACUGCCCCUCUGGUGCACCAGCUGAAGCAGCAAGCUCGAGAUGGUACCAUUUCGGAAGUGCUGGGGCUUCCAUUAGUCGGUUGGAGGGUAAAAACCGAAACUAGACCUGCGAUUAGGUCAAAAAGACAAGUCGAUGACUACGGAAGUGGUGACUACGAGGAGUACUACGAUGACACCUACGACGACGAAUACGAAGACGAAGAUGAUCUUGAGCCGGUUUCGAAGGCUGUCACGACCCCAGUAACCACAACGACGACCACUGCUGUUCCGACCCAUCCACAUCGACAUCAUCAUGGUGAAGCCGUAAAUCCGGAAGAAGUCGAUUCUAGUAUUCCGAUUAUAAGAGAUCACCACCACUUGAGUACAAGUCCGAGAGUAGAGGAAGAGACCGUACCUAGUACUGUUCCGAUGGUACCGCAGACUGCCCCACAAACGACCUCAACCACUACGAGUACUACCACAACAACCACCACAACGACCACACAGAAGACCACACUUGAAGAAGAAGUGGUUAGAGGAUCAUCGAGUACUACUAGUCGUCUUGAGACCACAACACCAAAGGCUGAAGUUCACACAAACCCUGCCUACGAGGAGUACGACGAUUAUUACGUUGAAGAAGAUUUCGAAGAGGACCCAAUUGAAAGUAGAACUAUCGUUCCCGAAAUGAUGCCACCAAAACACACAGUACCUGAAGUAACCUCACCCCCGGAAUCACCCACAACGACUACUGCGAAAUCAACCACAAGAGAAUACAUAAUCGAAACAGUACCUCCAACUACGUCCACCGAAAGAGAAACGACUGUGAUGAUCGUCGAAGAUACGGAACUCUCGACUGUUGUGUAUCCGGAAACUGUCGACAACACGGUAGCACCUACAACAUCGACGACGACACAGUCGAUACCGACAGUAAUAGUGACGUCACCCACUACAACUUCCACCACCACCACGACUACCACAACCACGACUACUACACCGGCGCCCGUCGUGCCUACCACUACGGAAAGACUUACAACUAUGGGAGACGAAGAGGACGAAGACGAGGAGGAAGGAGAAGAAGUGUCAACUGUGAGAUUGACAACAGCAAGACACAUCGUUACGUCACCGCGAACAACCACAGUUAGGGAAAUCACCGAAGGCCUCGAAUACGAAGAGAAAAAUUUCCAACCAUACAUCGAAAAUCGGCUCAAGCAAAUGUCUGUUAUUGCUGGUAAAAUCUUCCGUUUCGUCGUGCCGAAAAAUACGUUCAACGAUUUCGAAGACGGCAACAAUUUGACGUUAGAGUUCUUAAAUUCGAAAGGAGAACCUUUGUCGAAGGAUUCCUGGUGCCACUUCAAUCCGGUCAGGAGGGAGAUUUACGGAUUACCUCUUGAGGAAGACGUGUCGAAGUGGGAGUACGUUAUAAAAGCCACCGACAAAGAGGGCGCUUCAGUCACCGACGUAUUUACCAUCCAAGUUCAACAACACAAAUUGCAGCGAGUCGUUAACCACGAAAUCUCCCUGUACAUGCGGAUAGAGAAGCGUCAGGAGUUCCCGCAUUUCGUGGAUUGGUGUCUGAAAACCUUGCGAGCUUUGGGGCGGAUCUACAACACGAAUAUGACGGAAAUAACCGUAAGGAACGUCAAUUACACAAGCGAACCCGUAAUUUUCACUUGGACUAACGAUUCUAUACCGACGAAUUACUGUCCGGUCGAGGAAAUCGACAAGCUAUAUAAGAUGUUGACGGCCAACGAUAGGGGAGAUCCGAAACAAGAAUUGAGUUUAUUGUUGGGCCCGGAACUCAGGGUAAAAAAAGUGACCAAACACGGCUUAGGUGUGUGCGAGACGCCGCAGGUCCCGGUUACGCCCCCGACCAAUUUCUCGCCGUUCUUGAGAAAUCCGGUGGAUCACAUAAAUGCGACUGUUGGAGAGCUGCUCGUGUUUAAAGUGCCAGAUGACACAUUCUACGAUCCUGAGGACACGGAUUCCCGAACUUUGAACAUUUCGUUGCUGACGAUGGAUCGUCAGCCCAUCAAACCGAAUAACUGGUUGCAGUUUGACAGCAAAAAUCGAGAGUUUUAUGGCAUUCCAAGAAAACCUGGCCGAAGCGAAUAUCAGCUGGUUUGUGUGGAUAGCGGUGGAUCAACUGCUACGGACAGUUUGGAAAUUGUUGUCUAUCCCGCUUCUAAGGUUCACUACAAUGUAGAAUUUAGUAUGACGGUUGAAACUCCGUUUGAGACCUUCGUCAACAGCGCAUCCAUACAACGAAAGUUCAUAGAAAAAUUACAGGGAAUAUUCGGCGAUCGAAACGCCAGUUUCAUCCACACCGCUCCCUUCAAGCAAAAGGACCACUCCACCAUCGUCACAUGGUAUAACAAAUCGCUCAGUACCGUAAAAUGCCCCCACGACGAAAUCAGUCAUUUGGAGUCCAUGUUGAGAAACCACCAAGACCGGGGCAUUUCCAACCUCGUCUCCAGCAUGAUGGAGCCCGAGUUUCUCAUAUCGAAAAUCAGCGUUUUGACCAUGGGAAUCUGCAGGGCCAAAGUGAUCCCCGUGGCACCACCCAUCCACGAAGAUACCAUCAUUCCAGUGGACGAAAAGUCCCCCGAAGCGAAAGCAGACGAGUACCAAUACCUGAUGACGUUCAUAGUACCUGCUGUUAUCAUAUCAAUAAUGUUAUUCUUGGCUGCCUUAGCCGCCUGCGUGUUGUACCGGCGCAGAAGAACCGGAAAAAUGAACGUGGAGGAAGACGGAAGACAGAGUUACGGCAACAAGGGAAUUCCUGUGAUAUUCCAGGAGGAAUUGGAGGAGAAGCCGGAAUCCGGAACCAAAACCCCGGUUAUCCUGAAGGACGAGAAGCCACCUUUGGCGCCCCCGGAGUACAGCAAGAGCGGCUCUUUGAAACUAACGGACGACUCGGAACCGUAUCAGCCGCCGCCUCCCUUCACCAGGACUCAGGACAACGGCAGACAGCCCCGACCAAAGCCCACCCCUACCUAUAGGAAACCACCCCCAUACGUGCCUCCCUAACAAUUGCAUUUCACUUUUUUUCAGCAAUAAGAUCUUGAUUUUACUGCCAGUAAAAUUUGGUUUUCACUUCACUUGAAAUAGCCAAAAAAGGGGACCCAUAGGUCGGUUUUAAGGGUAACUGUCAAAAAUGUGAUGUUUGUUGGUGAUUACGUAACUUAGGGUCCCGUUUUUUCACAUUCUCGCGAUGCCAAAUCAGUGAACAUCGCCUGCAGCUUCUUCGAGCGUUAAUUCUUCUUCUGUUGGGUAGUUAUUGUCUUUCUCUGUGAUAUGAUUUCGUUUGUUACAAUAGAAAUUAUUUGCGGGCGGUGAGUUGAAUCCUUUUAGUUAUACGAAAGCUGCGAACCAAAAUAUUUUGUUUCACUUAAAAUUUUAUUAUGGAACAAUAACUACUGCGUUUUGUAAUAAUAAUUGUAUUAUACUACAUAACUCUAUAUUUUAUUUACUGCCGACGGCAUUUUAGAAUAAGACUCCUAACCGUAAUGUUAUUUGUAUGAAUAGUACGCGAAUAUAUUUAAAGAAUUAAAAUGAAAUAGAAUAGUUCUUCUAAGGCUGUUUUUACUUUGCUUUAUAAUUUUUGAACACGUUUUAACUGUCGCACAAUCUUUAUAUACGACUUUUCCUUUUAUAUAUGUAUCGUUUGUAAGUGUACAGACUUCGUUUUAACACGUAUUCAUUUGGAAUAUUAUUUUUUAUUGACGAUGUAUCGUGGAAUACAACUUUAUAUUUAACUUAAGUUACCAAUAACUUUGUACUGUAAAAAAUUUAUAAUGUUUUUAUA